AAAAGAAACAGAUUAAAAUGGUCCGUUCAUUCUCUUUUCUUGUGUUUUUAAUUUUGGGUUGCUGGAUUAUUUAUUUUUCCAGUACUGUUGAUGCUGAAUUACAGCCAGUCCAGUCAGGCAAAUCGUUACAGUCACCAUUCAGUUCGAAGCAAUCAUCCGGAGAGCCAGUCAAAACAUUCCAAUCAUCAGGCCAGUCAUCAGUCCAGUCAGGCAAAUCGUUACAGUCACCAUUCAGUUCGAAGCAAUCAUCCGGAGAGCCAGUCAAAACAUUCCAAUCAUCAGGCCAGUCAUCAGGCCAGUUAGGCAAAUCAUCAAGCCAUUCAAAAAAAUCAAGGAAAUCCUCAGGCAAGUUAUCAGACCAGUCAAUCCAGACACCAGGCGAGUAUGCCAGAUCAUCCAAACUAGUCCAUUCAUCAGGCCAGUCCUCAGUCCGGCAAGCUCAGUCAUCAAACAAGUCAGUCCCGUCACUUAUUAAAACAACCAAGUCAUCUAAGUCAUCAGUCAAGUCAUCAGACGGUUCAAGUCAAACAACAGGCGGGAAUGCCCAUCAACACCAAGAACUAUCAGGCCAGUCAGGCAAGGUAUCAGGACCAUUCACCCAAUCGUCAGGCCAGGUAGUCCAGUCAUCAGGCCAGUCACAACAGGCAGCUGGCCAAUAUGUUUAUUCAUCAGGCCUAUCUGGACAGUACAACCAGUUAACUGGCCAACGCCAGUCAGGCCAGACACCAGUCAAGUCAACAGGAAAGAAUUCCCGACGAGGCAAAUCAGCUGAAUCUGCCAAGAUGGAAGAAAACCAAUUAAAAUUGGAAAAGAAGCUGGAUUUGCUGGAUACAGACUUGAAAAUUGCGAAAAAUAAACAUCAGCUGCUAGCUGAGGAAGUCACUAAUAAAGUUACUAGAAAUAUGGAACUUGAAGAACAGGUGAAAAGACUAAAACUUCAACUCACAAAAAGUAGCGCAAAUCAACAAGAUUUGCUGAUGAAAGUAAAAGAACUAGAGACGGCAGUGCAGCAACACGAAGAAUAUUCGUCUUCCCUGUCACGCCAGGCCAAAGGUCAAGAAACAGAAAAUGUCUGGACCCAGAGCGAAUUCUACAGGACAUGCGCCAAUCUCCGCGCAACGGAUCUUUCGAUUCCAUCCGGAAUGCAAUGGAUCGAUCCGGACGGCCAAGGCGUCGGCGAAAAUCCAAUUCGCGUGUAUUGCAACAUGUCAACAGGAUCGACCUCAAUUCUACAUGAUAGUGAAUCUUCUAUCAAAGUGAGUUACUGCGCCGAGCCCGGGUGUUAUUCGCGCCCCAUCAUUUACCAAGCAUCCAUGAAACAAAUAAAAGCUUUGGCCGAUUUGUCUAGUGAAUGCCAUCAGUCGAUUACAUACGAUUGCUUCCUCGCACCGUACAAAGUCGGCAAUACCGUUUACUCCUGGUGGAACGACAGAGAUGGAAAUUCACAAUACUUCUGGUCCGGAAAUAACGCAAAUGGAAUAUACACCUGUCAGUGCGGAAUAGACGGAAAUUGUGUCGAUUCUUCGGUUACGUGCAACUGUGACAGUCUUGCAAAACGGCAGUUAACCGAUAGCGGUGCCAUCAGAAACAAAAAUAUUUUACCAAUCACUCGCCUCAAUUUCGGACUAACUAAAUCGCUAACUUCCUCCGGUAUCCACAAGCUGGGCAGAUUGACAUGCUCCGGAUAUUCCAGACCUCGCCGAAACAUUCCAGGACAUUCGUUGAAACCUCCCGGACAAGUAGAUGGAACUGCUAUUGCAAAAUUGCCAACGUCCUGUGGUGAUGUAAAGAAAAUGGGCUACACCCUAAGCGGUUUCUUUUUUAUCAAAGGACCGAAAAUGAUGGAAUCCGUUUACUGCAAUUUCACUAAACUCUCCACAGACGCAGAUUUCCAGAAAUUUAUCGGAUACAUUGACGGCAAAUCGGCGCCAACAUAUUUUUACGUUCAACGAAAAAAAAAAUUUGCCGAAAUCAAUACCCCAAUUACGUUCGAAUCUGAACUUGUAAACGCCGGAAAUGCUGUGAGUCUGUCAUCAGGAAAAUUUAAGGCGCUCGUCAAUGGAACGUAUUUCUUCUCCUUCGCGGGAAGGGCAUUUUCUCCGGCUUCAUCGUCGUUGCCGCCAAAUGGCCAAAGAGAUUUCGGUUUGCAAGUUUCUCUGUAUUUGAACGGUGAGCAAACUGGAAUUUAUUCGGUUCAAGAUUCAACCAUCGACUCUAAUCAAUGGAGUCCUGUGAUCCUCCAGUCGACCCUUAACUUGAAAAGGGGCGAUACUGUCUGGGUACAAAUUUCUUACCUUUCGCCAGGAGCUUAUUUGCAUGGUGACAAUUUCCACCACACCCAAUUCACUGGUUUUAUGCUGGAUGAGAAAAUUGUUAACUCCCUCUUAACUGCAUAGACGAAUUUUCGUCAUACCGUAGAGAAUUUAAUUGGUUCUUAUAAUAAAUGGGCAAAAUUAAA